UCCAGCAGUGUUUCCAGGAGGAGGAGGCAGGGCUCGCUGAUGUGUCUCAGUGUUUUCCUGAUCACUAAGCAGCGGCUCAGGUUCAGCACUGGACAGCUCCUUCCACCUUUCUUCCUGCAUUACAAAUGGCUGUUCUGUGAUUGACACAGUAAGUGCCCAUACAGAGGCCAAGAAAGACAAAGUAUACCUAUAGGAGUGGGGUGGGAGGGGAUGAGAGCUGAACGUGUUUGGUUGUGGCAAAGUGUAGUUAAAUCCUUUCACAAGCAGAGGAAGGCGGAGUGUAUUCCUUAAGCUCAUCCAAGUACUCAAUUAGCGAACAAAAGCAGGUCCAUCGCAUUGUUCUGGACUGUGUCUCAUUGCUUUGAUGUGCACGGUGGACGUGGCAGUGCAGUCUUACCCUUGAAAUGAAGAUAUUAGAGGGUGAAGUCCCUGGGAAUUUGUCUUCUCUUUCCUCUCUGAAGACCAUAGUCGAGGAUGAGGAUACAGACGUAAGCAGUCUAACUAUAGCUUCUGUGCUAGAUGGGAUGUAACCUGCUCAGAUCAAGGCACUUGUCUGCGUAAUUCCUACUGGAAACCUGCUGGGGAGGACACGGUAGACUGGAUUUUCAUCUCUAUUGCUUUCAGUUGUAUUUUUUUUCUCCCAUUUGACCACAGGUGAUACCAUCUGGAUACAGCACCAUGCGAAAGGAUGUGACAUUGUGAGAACCCACGGUCACAACUGAUUAAGUUCCUUUAGAUUUACAGGUCACUCAUGAUCAUGGCUUCUUUUAUGAUUUUUUUCACCUUCCUUACCCGUGUCUGCUUGCUGACAGCAUCUAGCCUAGACCUGGAAGGGCGUAUGGCUCACCAAGAAGAACACAAGAUAACCAGGGAUAAGCAACCCAUCUACAACCAGCCUAGAAGCCUGGACCAUCCCUCCAUGUGGAUCAGGACCACGGAGAGCACUGUUCUAGCACAAAACCUGGCUGAGGACUUGCCAAAACAUGUGGCUUCUUUCCUAUAUACAGGGGAUUCUAAUGAACUCAGGCGUGCCAACUGUUCCAAGAGGUAUGAGCUGACUAGUCUAUCAGGGGUCUCUCCAACAACUACUCACCAGUCUUUGCACACUUCUGUGGAUUUACUUGUUCAUUCCUCCAACUUUUUAAACAUGAUGUUACAAAGCAAUAAAUCUAAAGACCACACCUCACAGAGGGACUUGGAGUGGUACAGUGCUCUCGUAAGGAGCAUCCUAGAAGGAGAACCCAGAAUUCAUCGGUCCGCCAUCACUUUAAAUGUGGAUCCAUUGUCCCACAUCCCUCAGGUGUUUCUGGAGGCAUCUCGAGAGGAAGACAAGAUCCACAUCCAAGAUCUCUCUUCCUCAGCUCAUCAUCUGGCCAAUGCCACCCAGGAAACGGACUGGUUCCAUGCCUUCAAACACAAGUGGAGGCCUCACCAGCACAAAAGGUUCUUAAAUGGUGCUAAAACUUUAGAGGACAGCUGGAAGAAGGGCUCCAGCUACCUUACCGACAAGAGUCACAUCAAGUGGUCAUCACCCUUUCUGGAAUGCGAACAUGGGAAAUUUAAACCCAGCUGGCUCCUUACCCUCUCUGCUGCAUUUUAUGGGCUCAAGCCAAAUCUUGUUCGAGAAUUCAGGGGAGUACUCAAAGUGGAUGUCAAUCUUCAGAAAACAGACAUCGAUCAAUGCUCAAAUGAUGGAUGGUUUUCUGGCACCCACAGAUGUCAACACAACAGUUCAAAGUGUAUACCAAUUAAGGGCCUUGGAUUUGUUCUCGGAGCCUACAAAUGCAUUUGCAAGCCUGGAUUUUAUCAUCCUCCUGACAUCUUUUCAGAGAAUGGCUUUCAAAGGCAAAGUGAAGAGAACCAGUUUUCUAAGGGAGGAAUAUCUGAAGAAGAAUAUAAGUGUCUACCCUGCAGGGAAGAUUGUUCGUACUGCACGGCUGAUGCACCCUGCUAUGCGCAGGAGGACAAGUAUUUGCGGAUUGCUGUCAUCUCGUUCCAGGCUUUCUGCAUGCUGCUAAACUUCAUAAGCAUGCUUGUGGUCUAUCACUUCCGUAGAGCGAAGAGCAUCAGAGCUUCAGGACUCAUUCUACUAGAGACCAUUCUGUUUGGAUCACUUUUACUAUACUUCCCGGUUAUUAUCUUAUAUUUUGAUCCGAGCACCUUUCGCUGCAUUCUACUCCGAUGGGUCCGCCUUUUGGGAUAUGCCAUUGUCUAUGGAACUGUGACAUUAAAGCUAUUCAGGGUCCUGAAAGUGUUUCUCUCGCGGACAGCUCAGCGCAUCCCUUACAUGACCAGUUGUAGAGUAAUGAAGAUGCUGUCUGUCAUUCUGCUCUUAGUCCUCUGGUUCCUUGUGGCCUGGACAUCUGCUGUUUUCCAAAACAUGGAUAGAAAUAUCCCUCUGAUCGUCCAAGGGGAGACCGCCGAUCAUUUUCAGUUUAAGAUGUGUCUGAUAGAUCGGUGGGAUUACAUGAUGGCUGUUGGUGAACUUGUAUUCCUCCUCUGGGGUGUUUACCUCUGUUACGCAGUGCGGACCGUCCCAUCUGCCUUCCAUGAGCCUCGCUAUAUGGCUGUAGCCGUUCACAAUGAGCUCAUAAUCUCUGCAAUAUUCCACACCAUUAGGUUUGUCUUUGCAUCAAGACUUCAGCCUGACUGGAUGCUGAUAUUAUGUUUUGUUCACACUCAUCUGACUGUGACCGUAACUGUAGGACUGUUACUUAUACCCAAGUUUUCUCGUUCCCAUAAUAUUCCACGGGAUGACAUCGCUGCUGAGGCCUAUGAAGAUGAGCUGGACAUGGGAAGAUCUGGAUCCUACCUGAACAGCAGUAUCACCUCCGCCUGGAGUGAACACAGUUUGGAUCCAGAAGAUAUAAGGACACCUGAUGAAAUUGACCUGGGCCGCUCUAAUGGCAUUGGCUGUGGUAUCAGACAGACUCAUGAUGAGCUAAAAAAACUAUACACUCAACUGGAGAUUUACAAAAGAAAAAAGAUGAUUGCAAAUAACCCACAUCUCCAGAAAAAGAGGUGUUCCAAGAAAGGAUUGGGAAGAUCAAUUAUGAGAAGGAUAACCGAGAUCCCGGAGUCUGUCAGCAGACAGUGCUCUCGGGAAGACAAAGAUGGUGCAGAUCAUAAUAAUCCCAAAAAUAAUACUAGCAAUUCUAAAAAAAAUCACCAGGAUUCAAAUGCACAUAAUGCAAAGUCAAAGGAAGAAUCAAAACACAGGCCAUUCUCACUGAAGAAGUCCCAUAGCACUUAUGACCAUUUAAUAGGACCAAAUGACAAACCCAAUGGAAUUUCUUCAGAAAAGAUGGACAUGUGUGAAAAUGCAAUACGGACGUCAGCUAAUGGGAAGAAACCGGGUCAUAGAGAGGCUGAAGAACUAGAGGUGGGAUCUGCUGAAUCUGUACCUUUGGUUUGCAAGUCAGCCAGUGCCCAUAACCUAUGCUUAGAUAAAAAACCUUUACACCCAAGUCUGUCUGUCAUACAAAAGUCACUCAGUGCCAUCGCUAACUCUAAAGAGAAAAGCUUGGGACUUAGUGAACAAGCAAAAAGUGGAGAAGACUCUGAUAAAUAUCAAAGAGCAGACAAUGAGAAGUGUAUGCCGUGUUCAGACAAGGAAGAGAACUUGGAUCAGCACAGAACAUCAAGCCCCAUUGAAGAAACCCCAAAAGCUCACAAACCUGGAAUUAUGAAACAACAGGCAAUGAGUUUGACAUUGGUGGAUACAGAGAAAACAAUAGGUGCUCUGGGGUUUAAAGAUAAAUUUGACAUUGAAGAAGUAUGUCCUUGGGAAAUAUACGACCUUACUCCAACUACAGUGCCUUCUGAAAACAAAGUCCAGAAGCAUGUUUCCAUUGCACCUUUGGACUCUGAAAAGAAUCACACAUCACGUUCCAAGAGCAAAUCCCACAACAGAUCUAAGACGACAGAUCAAGCACAUAAUCAGUCUAAGCAGAAGAGUCCAGGUAAAUCGGACCUAAAUGCAAAGGAUAGCCAAGAACAAGUCGUAAAAGACGAAGCUGCAAAAAAGUCUCUGGAAAAGGGAACAAUAGAUCAAGAGUUAUUGACCAAACAAACUGCUAACUCACAAGAAAAAGAACGCAAAAAAAAUCCCCCCAUCAUUGAAGGGGUAUUGCCAUCACCGGAUGGCUACCAUAAUUCUAAUAACAAUCUACCACAAACAUUAGCCCUUCAAGCUGAAAUAUGUCCAUGGGACUUUGAAUCACAGGAUGCAUUAAGUGUCAACAGAAGUAAAGAUUCACCUACCAGCUUGACUAUAAGUCCUGCAUCUCCUUCUAAAGACAUGCCAACGAGUCCUUCGAAAAAGAAGGGAGCGAAAAGUAUUGCAAAAAAAGAUGAAAGCAACGUAAAGGGUCCAACUAAAGGUCACGGAAAGGAGAUGGAUCCAGUGAUAAAGAUGGACAAGUCCAAAAGUGCUGAGGUCUGCUCCAUGGUUGGAGACCAUUCCUUGGCGGUUUCAGUAAAUAAGGGAAAAAGUACCUCAAACCAACAUGGCAUAGACAAAUGUAAACUAGCGGAAGUGUGUCCAUGGGAAAGUCUUUCAACGUCACAGUCAGAGCAAGACACAGAGUCAUCUGACAGUAAACAGAACAAAACAAUGCAAAAGUCAAACAUGGUAGACAUCUGUCCAUGGGACUAUCAUGACAACACUGGUGGAAAAUAAUGGUGGUCCUGCAAGCGAUUGGUGGGGAAGGGCUGGGGAAGCUGUCAAGAGCAAAAACAAAGAGAGUGGGACAUAUCACUUGACAUAAUAAAUCCUAAUAGCACUGCUAAUUUAAUGCAUCCAAAAAAAAGUAAAUUUUUUUAAAGAGACUGCUCUCAAUUUCUUAUACGUGUAUCUGUUUCUUGUACACAGUUGUGUCCCAUGUUAAAGCAUUCCAGAUUGUAUAAUAUUUGCAAAUAACUUUGAUAUAUUGUGACACAAAAAAUAUUUAUGCAAAUUUGCAGAUAUUGUAUUGAUAUUGCAACCAAAAUACCUGCUAUAAUUUUUUUUCUUUAAAAAGUUUCUGUAACUUUUCACUUGGCUUCGGAAGCCGUAUAUUGUAUGAGAACUAUAUUUUCCGCUGAUGUGGUUUAUAUUGUGGUUUUUGAUUUAUCUUUUCUUCACCUCUCUAUACUUACUAUUCGAUACUCUAGUUUGAUACUGUAUUUUUCAGGGUUUUUCUUAUUUUUAAAUGGAAUGUUUCCAUACCUGUUUGGCUACUUGUAAAUACAACGCAUUCCGAAAGUCUUCAGACCCUUUCCUUUAUUUUUUCACAUUUUGUUAUGUUGUGGCCUUAUGCUAGAAUUAAAAAACAAAUAAAUCUAAUUUACCCUUCAAUGCCCGAUAAUGACAAAGUGAACGAAAUCUCUGCUAAUUUAUUGAAAACAAAUAAAUAAAAUCAAUGACAUAAGUAUUCAGACCCUUUACUCAGGACUUUGUUGAAGCCUUAUUGGCAGUGAUAAAAGCCUCCAGUAGUCACAUAUGGGCAAGGAAGGAGUGCAGUACUGAUCUCACCCACUCACUCUAUCCCUGCCUACUUGCCUAUCCACCCUAAAUAGCGGAUCGACAGCCACGGUGACAGUCCCUCCCUAAAUAUAUGGAAGCCACUUUCAACAAAAUAAACUUACAAUACAGACACAGGUCAGGAUACAGUAAGGGAGCACACAGACUAAUAGAAAUAAAAUCUAACACACACACACACACACAAUAAGUCAAUGUCCACUAGCUGUGUCAAUACCAGGAGUUUUCAAAGGUGCCAAGUUACAAAUACACGAAGACAAGCCAGAAAGUCACAAACACCAGAAGAUAGGAAUACAGAUAAUAAAUGCUAGUUACUUGAGCGAGCUCUUUCACAGGCAAGGCCUGAAAGUAGACUGCAGAUUUAUAUAGGCAACACACAGGUGAACUAACUAGGUCAGCUGACCAGCCCAGAGCUAGGCGUAACCACAGCAACCAGAUAAACAAACACUCUCAGGGAUGUUUAGCCCUUUGGGUUCUUACACCAGUCUUCUUGGGAAUGAGGCAACAAUGUUUACACAUGCGGAUUUGGAAAUUUUCUGCCAUUCUUCUCUGCAAAUCCACUCAAACGGUUGGAUGAGGACUGUUGGUGGAGGUCAUUUUCAGGUCUUUCCAGAGAUGUUCAAUUGGGUUCAGGUCAGGGCUCUGGCUGGGCCAAUCAAGGACACACAGAGCUGUCUUUAAGCCGCUGCUGUGAUGUCUUUUCUUUUUAGGGUCAUGAUGGAAGGUGAACCUUCACCCCAGUCUAAGGUCAUGAGUGCUUUGUAUUAGGUUUUCACUAAAAAGUAUUUAUGUACUUUGCUCUAUUCUUUCAGUGCAGAAGAUUUUUUUGUCGCUCCAGACUUGUACUCUACAGACAGUCGUUCCCCCCCCCCCCCCCCCCACUCAUGGUUUGGGUUUUGCUCUGACAUGCAUAGUCAGGUUUAUAGACAGGGCUGUGUCUUUCCAAAUCCUGUCCAAUCAUCUGAAUUUACCACAGGUGACUCUGAUCAAGAAAGAAACUUCUCAUAUGGUCAAGAGAAAUGGAAGGAGCUGAAGCUAAAUUUCAAGUUUCAUAACAAGGGGUCUGAAUACUUUAUGUCCAUGUAAAAUUUUAGUUUUUCCUUUUUAAUAAGUUUUAAAACAAUCUAAAAUUCUGUUUUUCCAUUUUCAUUAUGGGGUAUGGAAUGCAGAUUGAUGGAAGAAAAUGACAAUGUUUAUUUUAUUUUAGCACAACGCCCCAACAUAACAAAAUGUAGAAAAAAAUCAAAGGGUCUGAAGACUUUUCGAAUACAUUGUAUAUAGUUAGUGCUUAUUGCCUUAGGUUUAGUAACAUCAAAUGGUCCUACCUAAAUAUGAAUUUGUGUACCUCAGGGGACAACUUAUGUAUUGUUUGGAACGAUGUAUACAAAUUUUAGUAGAAUAGUGAUCAUAUAUUUCACUUGUUACCAUAUGUUAAAAGGCAAAACUUACAUUGUGUUAUAACUUGUGCAGACCUGAGGGGGCGUUCUUGAAAUCCCUUUGUCAUACAUCGUCCUCUCAAGGCCCACACAGUAGUGUAUCACUUUUACCAAAGUUUCCCUUAAAAUCUAAUUGUAUUUUUAUAGGAUUGAGUUUUUUUUACUUACAGAAGUGUACCCUCCCUCAUUAUCUUACAUGCACACAUGCAUUUCUAAUUUAGUAAAUAUUCCUAAUCCAUGAUACAUGGACGAACAAAUCACAAAUAUGGAAUUACAAAAAAAGCACUUUAUAAUAUCCCACUCAGGAAGGUCCUGACCCUCACAAAGUCCUCCAAAAAACGUUCACACAUGUAACUCAGUCUUAUGUAAUGUUCUAAUGCAAAAUGACUGUACAACUACCAUUUCUUGUACUGUUCAAGGCUAUAAAAAGGGGGGCUGAGCUGCAGCCACACAUAUAGGUGUGGAGUAAGGGGGCUACAUGACCUUUAACCUGCAAUCUUGGGGAUCUCAUGGGGUUAAAUCUUUACCAAUUUCACAAGAAAGGGCUACUCCUGGUAUCCAAAACUAAAACUUCACAGAAUAGGGGGUAAGUUUUAGUUUCCCAGAGUACCCCUUUUUACGUUGCAGAAACACUGCAGAUUUUCUAUGUUAUAUUUCCCCCAUGAAUCUGAAUCUACUUUUGUUAAGAGUCCCCCUAAAAAUAAACUCAGGCCUAAGUUAAAGAAAUUCAUUAUUUACUACUAGAGAUAAGCGAAUCAAAUUGGAAUGAAUCAAAUUUGCUCUGUAUUUCCUUCAAAAAUGUAAUUAAUCCGAAUCUAAAAUUUUUCAGAUUCAGUUUUGGCUAGGGGUUCGGUUAGUUUAAGGUUGCGCUGCCCCUGUCCUUAGGUUGUGUCACUCUGGUUUUCUAUUGCUGGACAACCCCUUUAAAUUCGAAUCCGAAUCCACAGCCAACUCAACUGAAUCUGACCAAAAAUAAACUUUGGGCAAUUUACUGAUCUCUAUUCACUUCCCAUGAAAGAGGAACAGUGUGGACUUGUGAAAACAUGUAGUAAUGUAAAUUCAUCGUAUUUAUGGAGCCCAUGUCUUGAUUUACAGUAAUCCACGUGGGAUGGAGUAGGUGUGAAAACUUUUCAAAGCAAAUCUGGGAAAUUCACAGCACUAAAUUUGCACCAGUUAAUUUGGAUUUUGGUGUAGAUUUGCUGAAAGAAGACUAAAAACUAUUUAAAAAUUGUUGAUUUUUCUUCAGAUCUUUUGGUAAUUUGUAGUAUAUGGGUCUAAGAAUUUUAUAUAUUUUUGGGGAACAUUUUAUAAUCUUAGUUAAAGUUAAUGGGGAAAAUCUACUAUACCUUUUCAGUAAUCUUCACUGGAUUUUCAAUGUUCAAAUUUGCACUGAAAAUCCACAUCAAAUUUACCCCAGAUUUAUUUGCCCUUAUAGUUUAUGGCCAACCAUAAAGCCAAUAGAUGCUAAAGGAGGUAAAGGGGCAGCACCAUAAAGAAUAACUUCAGGGAGUGCAAAAAUAAAUGUCACACCCAAACCAGUACCUGAGGUUGUGCUAAUGAAAUCUAUGACCCUUUUACAGAUUUUGCACUGGGGCCCAGAAUCUUUCUGUUAGGCCUCUUGGCACUGCACUUUUAUCAGUUGUUCCAAUAAUAGGGGCAGAGCGCUCACAGAGGUUGUAGCCCCACCAAUUCUUCAUUAAUGGCAUAUACUAGCAAUCUCUGUGCCUUUUGAGAGAUAACCUCUUUAUUUUUUGCUGUAAAAAAGAACCUUAUUUAUUAAAAAAUUUAGCACAAAGUAUGUAAAAUAUAUAUAUAUAUAUAUAUAUAUAUAUAUAUAUAUGUAUAGUGACUUCCAGUGAGGGAGGCUGCUAUGUAAAGCAUGGGGGACAUAAAUCAAAGGACUGUAAGAAAAUUACAUUUAAAGAUAAUGAAUGCUCAUUGCACAUGAAGUCAUGUCAAACUACCAGAGUAAUGCCAGAAUAGAGAUUUUAUUUAAAUGGGGACAUUUAUAUCUUUAGAGCUAGGACAAGGCUUGGCAAGAAUACCUUUUUACUGCUUAUCAAGUCUUUCCGCAUGGAAGUCUGCAUUGCAAACCAGUGCUUAAUGUAAAUGUGAGGCACAAGGUAUUGUACAGAAGAGAAGUGUCUAACCAAGCCUUUAUCUUAUAAUACCGCAUGUGACAUUUUAUAAAAUUUAGCACAGUUUUCACCAUUUUUACAGUAAUUGUGAGGCAUUUGAUUCACUGGCAAACAGUUGACUGUUUCAAGGGUUGCUGUAUGCUGUGUAUCCCUUGCAGAGGAAAUGUAGUUUUAUAUAGCAGCCAGAAGAAUGAUUGUCAAUAUAACACCCCAGACAUCCUCAGUCUCUGCUGAUCGAUGGUGUCCAGUCUUUGAUCCUCACCCCUUCCUCCUCAGCCAAUCACUGGCCACAGCAGUGACACGCCUUAGCCAGUGAUUGGCUGGGCAGGCAGGAAGUUCUGAGCAGUAGGGACCAGGCACUGUUGGAAUGGCAAUGACAGGGGAUGGCGGAAGGUUAGUACAUCUUUUUUCUGUUCUUCUAGCCCAAACUAGCCACUUAUAAACCUGAGAACAAGUAUGUAAGGUGUAUGCCUAGCUUUACAUAGUAGAUUACAAACCACUCUUUUAAUUAUGACCUGGGGUGGUCUUCAUGAGAGGGCCUCUUACUGAUUGUAAUAAUAAAUGUCCCUGCAUACAUAUGGAUUAAUUGGCUUUCUAUGAAAUGGUCCUUAGUGGGUUUAUGAGAUAAGGAAUUUAGAUAAUAAGGCACAUUGUGAACAAGUGCUAAUACAUAAGAUUAUAUAUUGUCUGUAAUGUGCUGUGGAGUAUGUUGGUGAUACAUAAUAAUGAAAUAAAAUAAAUUUGCACUUUUUGUCAAAGGUGGGAAGAGGAGUAAAUGUAGUAAGGGAUUGUCUAGGGCGACAUUGAGAAGAUAGCAUUACUAGAACUGUAGACCCCUGGGGGUGGGCCUUUUUGAAACCACUUCCUACUGAGCUAGCCCCACCCCUGCUUACUGCAAACUGUUUUAGAAUUAUUGCCUCUAUUGUUACAAUAGAUAGCUCCAUAUCUCAUCAAAAAAGUACAUUACGUUGGGGCUCAUUCAUCAAAACAGAAAAGAUGGCUUUGUCACCUAUAGUAACCAAUCCCAGAUCAGUUACCAAUAAAAGAUAAAGUUCUGAUUGGUCGCUUUGGGUAAUGGUUUUCUAUUAGCUAGUGUUGAUACACGAGGCCCAUUGAUCCACCCAUAGAACAUUUUUAUUGUACUAAAACGCUAUCUAAGUUGUCCUCUGAAUGCAUGCGUUAUUGCACAUCACCGUUUGUGUCUCUAAUUUAUAGAAUUGUUUCAGAAGAAAGUAAUUAAUUAUAUGUUAUUUUUUUACCAAAUAACUUUAUGCAGUAUAGAGUAUAACCCCGUCAUCACAGUAUCAUUAUUUGCAUAAAAUCCGCCAGUAGUUUCCGUUUUUACGGCCUAGAUUUUUGCAUGUGUGUGUGGUAGAUAGGACCAAUGAAACACUGCCUUCUGACUUUUAGUAACUCUCUAGAAAAAUAAAUAUGCAUAAGAAAUGAAACUGUAAGAAAUGUCACCCUAAUAUGUGUUACUGAUACUAUAUUACAUAAUGGUAUUUACUGUACAGCAUCAACCAUUAAAAAAAAAAAAAGAAGACUUUGAUAGACUUAUGUUGUGAUGUGUCGCAGCAUGUAAAUAUAAUAAAUGCAAUAAAACACAUUUGUAAGGAAAUCGACUUGUGUGAUUUACAAUA